AUGGGUCAGGACUUAGCGCGCCUGGGCAAUGAGUGCGACUGCUGGGUCUCCGGCGAAGAGAGCCAUCAAGGGGUGCAAGUGCAACCUGCUAUGGUGGAUCCAGUCGCAAACUUGGUGAGCAAGGACGUCCCGAGAAGCACUUUGGUGCCGAAGAAAGCUGAGGAAUCACCACCAGCCGGUGGCACCAGAGCUCCUCCCUUCUACAACAUCGCGGCAUGGGCUCAGGAUUCGGAGGCCGAUUCUUUUGUAAUUCCACCACCUCCUGAGCCCCUACCCGCGCUGCCUGUACCGGAGGUGAGCCCUACCAAGGCAGAGCCAUCCCCCGCGGCGUCUCCCCCACGGCCAGCUGCGCCUCCAGCACCUGCCGCACCUGCACCGGGUCCAGCACCGGCCGCCUCGACUGCCUCAGCGGCGCCACGGAAGAAGGAGCCGGUGAAGUCUUCCCCCGUGAAGCGUCAGCAGGAUUCACCAGGGGUCAGCAUCGAUGCUGUGCUCACUGAUCUAGAGGGAGCUGAGCAGGCUGCAUUUAAAGCAGCUUUUAAGAGCCUCUCCUCCGGACUGGAAGUCUUGCCCCUCGAUCAUGAUCAGCUGAGAAGCUUCAUUCUCAUCAACAGCGGAGUCACUGAACAGGACUUGGAAGUUGAGAUGUUGAAGCUGGCCUCAGCGAGAGAUGACUUUAGCAUCGACGCCAGCGCGUUGAUUUCUUUGUUACGUGAGCAUCCAAUCGGUGACGAUGACGUCUUGAAUCUCUUCAUGAGCCUCUCGACAGAUGGUGAAAGCCUGUCCUCGGAGGAGUGUCGGACGGGUCUGCUACAAGUCACCAGCAGGUUGCCGGAGACGGGACUCUCCGAGGAGCGCAUGGAUCGCGUCUUCGACAGGGUGAUGACUUCUGCAGGCUUGACCGUGUCCAUGGAGGAGUGGCUGCAAUACGCCAAGACCACUGCACGCAUCCUGCGUUUGAUUGCCUACAGCAGGGCUUGA